UUCGACCCACGACAAAGCUACUCCCACUCGUGUCUGGCUUCCCUCCUGGCUUUCUGAUAUUCGCCAUGGGUAGCGCGCUCAAGUUCCAAUAUGAAUCAUCAUCCCAAAGAUAUUAUUGCAAUCUUCCCGCGAAACCUGCUGGCAGCGCGGGCAAGGCCGAACGCAACAGCAUGCGACAUCGCAGACGCCCUCAUCCCAGCAUCCACCGCCUAUCCGCCAGUGCAUGCGACGAGGUCGGCCGCGCCGCAGCGCUUGCGGUGGGAGGAUUGUAUAUUCGACCGACUUCAAUAUAGUGUCUCCAAUCGUCGCCUCGCGGUCAUUACGGCGGCCUGUCAAGCGCCGCCGUCGUGCAUCGGUCGUUGGCGCCACGCUGACCGUACGUUGCCGUACAUUGGGCGGAGCGACGCGUGCCACUCUCGGCGCUCGAAGACUCAGCGCCCUUCUUCGCGUCGCGCCGCAGACGGUCGGUGCGGACAGCAGCAACGACGAGGCCCUUGGCUCUGCGUAGCGGCCAAAGACGCGGCGGGAUCCGGGAAUUUUCGCCGCGCGGAUCUUCUGGCCGCGUGCACGGCCACGCGUGCAAGACACUUGGGUACCGUUCUGCCACCAAGCGCUGCGAUCGCACUACACGUCUCUCUUGCAUGGGUUCAGACCGGCACGUACAUGCUCCACACGCAACUCCGCGCGGCGCUGCGUCUCGAACAAUACCACGCCCGCCGCUUCCGCGAGCUCUACGAGGCCGCGCUCGUCCAUGUCCACGUGCUCGAAGCCCGCGCGGCGUGCUUUGAACGCGCGCAGCAGUGCCGUUGGUACAGCGACCCGCUAUACGUACAAGCGCCCCGCCUGCACAGUACGAUGCACGAUGGGCUGCCGUGGCACUACGCAGCGCGCCACGACGCGCGGGCGACGCCGACCGCCUCGCUGCGACCCGCGCGCCUUCUCUUCAAGGAGCUCGCGCGGAUGCCCGUACGUUUGUACCGACGGCGCGCUGCGGCCCGCGCCCAACGGCUCUACUUCCAGGAGCUUGUCGGGCUCCUGCUCGCGUUUGAAUAGCUGACUAUCACAUUUCGCCCAAGUUAACCUAGCCCUAGCCCUGGCCCUAGCCCUAGCCCUGGUUAGCGCGCGAUGGACAGCGCCGUGCGGUGUCGAGUUGAUAUUGCAGUGAUGACGAGAGAAUGGCGCUGCUUUGUGGUCGCUUGCAUAUGCGUCGUCGUCUUUGCUGACGGAACCAACUUGACACAAAAAACUGCAAAUUGCAGUGGGGCGCGUGUUAAAUAAUACUAAAAUACGUAAAAACUAGAAAAAUGACUAAUAAUACUCUAGGGCGACAGCAACGACGAGGUCGGCGAGCCCGUCGGCGUGGUUUGCG